UCUGGGCCGUCCCGGGUGAGCGGCGCGCGUGUGCGCCAAUGGGGCCGCCCGGCGCUGGCGCAGGUGAGCGGCCGCUCCCGCCGCCCGUUCCGGCCUGGCCGCCAUGGAGCCCGUGGGCACCUGGGGCCCGGCGCAGGCAGCGGCCUGGCUCCGAGGGCUGGACGGCGCCGUGCAGGGGUACCCCUUCGAGGCGUGGGGGCUGGCGGGGCCCGACCUGCUGCGGCUCUCGGCCGCGGCGCUGGAGGCGCUGGGAGUGCGGCGCCUGGGGCACCAGGAGCUCCUGCUGGAGGCCGUGGAGCAGCUCCGUGCCCUGGAAGCGGGGCUGGCGAGCACCAGCUUGCGGACGCUGACGGAGAGGCUGCAGGAGCUGGCACAGGGCACCCAGAGCUUGGUGCUGGGGGGGCUGCCGGCGGGGGCUGCCCAGCGCCCGCCCUCCCUCGCCCUCCUGGCUCGUGUCGUCGACCUGGUCAGGGCUGCCAAGGGGCUCUUCUCCUGGCUCAACAGGUACCUCUUCUCCACCCUCAAUGACUUUUCAGCCAGCCAGGACAUCGUCCUGCUCUGCGCCCAGCUGGCAGCGACGCUGCAGGAGGACUGUCCUGCGGCCAAGAGGGACAGCCGGAUCCUGCAGAUUUGCCAGCACAUCGUGGGCAUCUGCGAGAGCAUCGUGGGCUGCAGCCCCCCGGCACUGCUGGACCGCAGGGCUGUGCUGCAGCGUGUGGUGCUGCAGGGCAGUCCCCCCGGGUCCCCUGACACCCUGAUGCUGCCCUCCAGCCCGUGGGGGAGCCCCCCGACAUCCCCUGACACCCUAACGCCACCCUCUGAGCCCCUGGGGAGCACCCCCCAACUCCUCACUGCCCCACUGGGCCUCAAGAUCACCUCCACCACCUCCUGCCUCCACUUUGUGUCUGCAGCUACCUCGGAGGCCCUGGCUGCCCACAGGGGCCUCGUCCUGCCCGGAGAUGAGAUCGUGCAGGUCAAUGAGCAGACUGUGGUGGGUUGGACACGCAUCAACCUGGCAAAGAAGCUGCUGGAGAAUGUGAGCAGAGUGACGCUGGUGCUGAAGAAGAUCCCCCUCGACGUGCCUGGCUCCCCAUCCUCUCCCAGGCAGCAGGUGAGUGAUCCCAGUGCUCCCAGUGCCACACUGGCUAUACUGGGAACACCGCAGGGAUGCUAGGAGCUGGGGCAUCUCCCAUCACCCUGGUGGUCCCUCAAGCUCUGGGGUCUGGCGGGAUGUCACCUGACACUCCAUCCGCAGCUCCUGGAAGCCUUUCUGGAUGCUGCAGAUUCCACCAGCACCAGAAGCAGUGAGUGCCCAGGCAGCCCCGUGUCCCUGAGCUCCAGCGCUGCCACUGCCGACUUUGACUCAGGGCCAGACUCUGCACUGGACCCUGUCACGGACGAAGAGGCAGGAGAGGAGAAGCAGAACUCGAGGCUGCCCAGGGUGGCUGUGGGGGAGCUGCCAGCACUGCCCAGCUAUGGUGCUGCGGAGGAGGUGGCGCGGGAGAGCAGCUCCCCACCGGGCACCCUUGCUGCAGAGCUCAGCCCCAUGGCAGCCCCUGCGGAGGGGGCUGGGGGUGCAGACCUCAGCCAGCAACCUCGGGAGGGCAGCCCCCAGAGAGGACGCAGACCAAAAGGAGUGGCGACCAGGCUGAGCCGCCGGCGGGUCUCGUGCCGGGACCUGGGCCGGGUGGACUGUGAUGGCUGGCUCCUCAAGAAGAAGGAUCAUGUGGGCUUCAUGGCCCAGAAGUGGAAGCGAUGCUGGUUUGUGCUGAAGGGCCACACGCUUUACUGGUACCAUCACCCCAACGUGAGUGGCACCCCGGGGUGUCCUUGGGGCUCCUGUCCCCAGCACUCGCUCGGGUGCUGGACACAGCUGCCUCCCAUGCAGGAUGAGAAGGCUGCAGGACUCCUCAAUGUAGCCACCUAUGACCUGGAGAGCACAAGGGAGCAGAAGAAGAAAUAUGUGUUCCAGCUCUGCCAUCAGAGGUACAAGCCCUUCAUCUUCGCUGCAGAAACGCUGGCUGAUUUGAGCAUGUGGGUCAGUCACUUAAUAACAGCCAAAACAAAGUACACGCUGGCCCACCAGUUGGUCCCAGACAGGGAGGAAGACUGCUACAGCGAGACAGAAGCUGAGGACCCUGAUGAUGAGUGCCCCAGGCCUGGCUGUGACCUGCCAAAGAAAAGGUUGCAAAAUGCCCCUGAGAAAGCCCAGUUCCUCCCAGCUUGCAGUGAGCCUGGCAGCCCCCAGCCCUGCGCAUCCACGGAACCCAGUGGGGAGGACCUCGAGUGCCUGAUGCGGUGCCUGAAGCAGGGGGGGGUGUCCCUCAUGGGCCGGCAGCAGGUCCUGACGCAGGAGCAGUACCGCAAGUCCUUCAUCCGCCGCAGCAAGAACCCCCUCAUCAACGCCAAGGUGCACGCGGUGCGGGCCCUGCAGAGCACGCUCAAGGCGAAGCUGGCGGAGCUGCAGGCCCUGGAGCAGGUGCUCAGCGAUGCUGCGCUCACCUCGGAGCGCUUCUCCCGCUGGAAGGAGGAGCACCAGGAGCUGUACCAGGAGCUGCGGGAGUGCUGGGCCGGGCGGCAGGGCCAGGACCAUGACAGGGGGCUUGGGGACGAGCGCGGCCUCCCUGAGCAAGGGGCUGAGCCCUGAA